GGUCAUGCUCACAGAAAAUCCAACAUGGCGUCUCACAUGUCGAGGUUCGUGUGUUGGGGCCGUGGACAGAGGUUUGGCAUUGCUGCGUGUCGACAAUACAGCAGUGCAAGUCGAUACCCGAAUAUUUCUCUGUCUACACCUUUACCUGAUAUUCCCAAGCCUGUGUUCGCUUCAGUUGAUGGUCAUGAACAAUACGAAACGAAAAUAACCACUUUAGAGAAUGGCCUUAAAGUUGCAUCGCAAAAUAAGUUUGGCCAGUUUUGCACAGUUGGUGUUUUGGUAAAUUCAGGUUCUCGCCAUGAAGCCAGAUAUCCUAGUGGGAUUUCACACUUUUUGGAAAAGCUUGCCUUUUCUUCUACAUCUCAAUAUGGAAGUAAAGACGAAAUUCUUCUGUCAUUGGAAAAACAUGGUGGUAUCUGUGACUGCCAAACAUCCAGGGAUACAACAAUGUAUGCGGUGUCUGCUGAAGUCAGGGGUCUGGACACUGUGGUUAGCCUGCUGGCCGAUGCUGUGCUGCAGCCGCGUUUAUUAGAUGAAGAGCUCGAGAUGACCCGAAUGACAGUAAGGUUUGAGUUGGAAGAUUUAAAUUUGAGACCUGAUCCUGAGCCUCUGUUAACAGAAAUGAUUCAUGCUGCAGCAUUUCGAGGCAACACUGUAGGCCUGCCCCGUUUCUGCCCAGUGGAGAAUGUGGACAAGAUUGACAGGAAGUUGCUCCAUACGUACAUGCGUAGCUACUACAGCCCAGAGCGCAUGGUGUUGGCAGGGGUGGGGGUUGAACACGAGCAGCUCGUAGAGUGUGCCAGGAAGUACCUCCUGGAUGUGAAGCCAGUUUGGGGCACAGGCACACCAACGACUGUGGAUCGUUCCGUGGCCCAGUACACAGGAGGCAUUGUUAAGAUGGAGAAGGACAUGUCUGAUGUCAGCCUUGGACCCACACCCAUCCCAGAACUCACUCACAUUAUGAUUGGCUUAGAGAGCUGCUCCUUCCUGGAGGAAGACUUCAUCCCCUUCGCUGUGCUCAACAUGAUGAUGGGGGGAGGAGGCUCCUUCUCAGCAGGCGGCCCAGGAAAAGGCAUGUUUACCCGCCUCUACCUGAACGUUCUCAACAGACAUCAUUGGAUGUACAACGCGGUCUCCUACCACCACAGCUAUGAAGACAGUGGCCUGCUCUGCAUUCAUGCUAGCGCAGACCCAAGACAGGUGCGUGAAAUGGUGGAGAUCAUCACUAGGGAAUUUAUACAGAUGGCUGCUACAGCAGGAGAGAUGGAACUGGAAAGAGCAAAGACUCAGCUGAAAUCCAUGCUGAUGAUGAAUUUGGAGUCCAGGCCAGUCAUUUUUGAGGAUGUCGGUCGGCAAGUUCUGGCCACAGGCCACAGGAAGCUGCCUCAUGAGCUGUGCACUCUCGUCAGUAAUGUUACAGCCAGUGACAUUAAGAGAGUCAGCACGCGGAUGCUGCGCAGUAAACCAGCUGUGGCUGCAUUAGGAGAUCUGACUGAGCUGCCCUCCUAUGAGCACAUCCAGGCCGCUUUGUCCAGCAAAGAUGGCCGUCUGCCUCGCAUGUUUCGCCUCUUCCAGUAGAACAUCAUCGCACGUGUUGCGUACACCAGUGACUGACCUGCAGCGUAACUUUUUACAGAGCUCUUUUAUCGAGCUCUUAUGAGGAAGCGCCGAGUGUCUGUGGUAGUCAGGGCACUUGAAUGUAAAUUUAACUUUGCCUUCAGAGGUCUUGUUUGUUACGUUGUAUGGAUUUGUUUGCAGUAUCGUGUUCAGAGUAAAUAGCAAUGGAUGUUUUUGCAGCAACAUGUCCAAUAGACUGGCUUUAGGUAAUUGAAACGUUGAAGGGCCCUGUUACAACCAAGUAAUGCAAGAAGUCCGUUUAAUGUUUAGUCUGCUGAUGUGCGAAAAAAAAAAAGAAAAAUCAUUGGAAGUAAUAAUAAUUUUCCAAUUUGGCACCAAGUGUUAAAAAUGAACAAUUUGAUUCCAGUCCAAAUUAAAUUAAUUAAAAUUAUUUAUUUUAUUAAAAAUGUAAUCCUAAGAGAAGCUGAUUACGAAACUGUUCAAAAUACUGUAAUGUAGAUUUUCAACAACCUAAUAUUCAGGUUAAUCCUAGGUAUUUGCAUAUAUGAGGCAUUGGCGUUGUUACUAAAUUUAUAAUAAAUAUACAUUUGUGCA